AUGCGGGGUUAUAACCUGGCAGCAGGUGGGCGCACCAUCGUGGAGACAGAUUGCGCGCGCAGAGGACAGAGCCUCCGCACACCUCGCAGCAUGCCGCGUUAUUCCCACCAGAUGUGGGGAUUAGAACUGGAGGUUGGAGGUGAAGCUGGAGGCGAGCCCGCAGGCUGGAGGAGCCCACCGCCCGAGAGCGACCGGCAUGACGGCCGGCGGCUGCCCUCUGAUGGCGGGCAACUGAAUGAGGAGUUAAAUGUUACCUAUAUAACUCUGGAUGGGUAUGUUGAAGUCAACAAGUACAGAUAUCUUUAUUUUUUUAUUAUGUUUACGUUAUAUAUUCUAAUAAUCUGCAGUAAUUCUAUUAUUGUGAAUCUCAUUUGUAUUCAUAAAAACCUUCAUGAGCCUAUGUACAUUUUCAUUGCAGCUUUGCUAUUGAACUGUGUUCUUUACAGUACAAUUAUUUACCCAAAACUUCUGAUUGACUUUUUAUCUGAAAAACAAGUCACAUCAUAUUCAGCCUGUCUCUUUCAGUUUUUUAUGUUUUACACUCUAGGCAGUUCAGAGUUUUUUCUCUUAGCAGCCAUGGCCUAUGACAGAUAUGUGGCUAUAUGCAAACCUCUGCAAUAUCCAAUUAUCAUGACAAAAACCACUGUGAGUAUUUUCCUGGUCAUAGCUUGGCUGGUUCCUUCUUGCCAUAUUGCAGUCCAAGCAAUCGGGAGUGCUGAAGCUAAACUGUGUGACUUUAACUUAAAAGGAAUAUUUUGUAACAAUGCAGUUUACACUCUUCAGUGUGAAAGGUCAAGAUUAAUUACUGUAUUUGGAGUGGUUUGUUUAUUAGAUCUUGUAAUACUUCCUAUGCUCUUCAUAGUUUUCACAUACAUGAACAUUUUUAUAGUCUCUUAUCGAAGUUGUAAAGAAGUCAGGAAGAAAGCUACAGAGACCUGUUUACCCCACCUGUUAGUUUUAAUCAGCAUUUCCUGUUUAAGUAUCUAUGAUGUCAGUAUAGCUCGCGUGGAAUCUGAUUUUCCAAAAACUGCAUGUUUAAUAAUGACUUUACAAAUAGUGCUCUAUCAUCCUUUGUUUAAUCCAUUUAUUUAUGGGCUCAAAAUGAAGGAAAUUUCUAAACACCUAAAGAGAUUGCUUUCUCAGGCCAAAAUCAUUUCAUGCAUUAACACUGAAUGCUAA